AUGGGCGGCAACAGGGGUAUGCCCCUGGCGACCGGCGGCGACCGCCUCACCGGCGACCUGCGGGCUGCGGCCACGCCGGCGACUCGCAGCCUCGCGCCCUCGCAGAUGAAGAAAAAGAAUAGUGAUGGGCUUGCUGGAAGCAGCAUAUAUGCAAUGUGGAAUAAAGCUUCAAAAGCAAAGAAGAUAGAUGAAACAUCCACACCAAAUCAGGUUGUUUUUGAAUCAAGUGCUUCUCAUGAUGAGGUUGAGAACAAUCUUCAGUUGGCGCUUGUGCAAACACUAGAUGAAGAACGUGAACCGGACAAUAGCGUCGGAAACGCAGCCCCAAUCGUGGAAGAUGAUUUGUCAACUGAUGAAGAUGAUGAAGCAACACAUGAAGAUUUGCAGGCCCUCAAACAUGACCCUGGCAAGCGGAUUCUCAUAUCAAGAUAUGUUGUCAAUGAUCAAGAUAGACUUGCAGGAAAUUUUGAAGAGGUUAAUAAGGUGGUUCUCAACAAUGCUCCACAGAAUUGCAGGAUGACUCACCAUGACAUACAACAUGAGCUGAUCAGAUGUUGUACGCGGGAGACUACUAAACUACUCAUUGAAGAACUUGAUGGUGGUCAGUUUGCAAUACUUGCAGAUGAAUCUAGUGAUGUGUAUCAGAAUGAGAAGUUGGUUGUUUGCUUGUGCUAUGUUGAUAAGAAAGGAAGGGCAGUUGUAAGAUUACUUGGUCUUGCUCAUGUUGAGGACACUACCUCUUUGACACUUAAAGUUGCAAUUCAAGAAAUGCUUAUGGAGUACAACUUGACAUUUGCCAUGUCCCGUGGGCAACGAUAUGACAGAGCUAGCAACAUGAAAGCCGAGGAACUAAUUGAUGCAUUGGAUUUGGAAGAAGUACAAACAGGGACUGGGCAAAAUCAGGAAAUGGGUUUGGGAAGGCCAUGUGAUACACGUUGGGGCUCUCACUUCAUGACACUGAACCAUGUCCUCUAUCUAUAUGCUGCAAUAAAGAGAGUCCUAAAGAAGAUUGGAAAAGAGUACCAUGGUGCGGAGGCUCAAGCUGCUCUAUCAGUGGAGACAUCAAUUUUGUCAUUUGAGAUUGUUUUCAUGGCACACUUGUUGCAAGAAAUAUUUGGAUACACAGAUGACUUGAGCAGAGCUUUGCAAACAAAAGACCAAGAUAUUGUUCAUGCUAUUCAGCUACUUGACAAUACAAAGUAUCACUUGGCGGGAUUGAGGUCUGAUCCCGGAUGGGACGAUUUCCUCAUUAAGGUAACAUCUUUCUGUACAAAGCACAACAUCAAAGUUGUUGAUAUGAAGGCGCGUUACUAUCCUGUUGGUCGACCUAGAAGAGGUGAUCUCUUUAAUGGUGCAGAUAAUUACCAUCGCUUCCAUGUUGAUAUGUUUGUGAGUGUGAUUGAUAGGCAAAUUUCAGAAUUAAAUGGAAGAUUUGAUAAGGUAAACACGGAACUACUUAAUUGCAUGGCAGCAUUCUCUCCUGUUCACUCAUUUGCUGCUUAUGAUCGAAAUAAGUUGUUCAAGCUUGCUUCACAGUUUUAUGCUAGUGAUUUCACAAUUGAUGAAUUGGCAAGACUUCCAUGGCAACUAGACAUGUAUAUUACUCAUGUGCGCAAAGAUGAAAGGUUUAAAAACUUGAAGAAUAUAGUUGAGCUUUCAGUUAUGCUUGCGGAGACAAAUAUGCAUGCACAUUACUUUAUUGUUUACAAGCUUCUCAAGUUGGUACUGAUUUUGCCAGUAGCUACUGCUAGUGUUGAAAGGGUAUUCUCCUCCAUGAAUUAUGUGAAGAAUAAGCUAAGAAACUAG